AUGUAGAAUUUUGCCAAGAAAUAAUAUGGAAUGAGAGACAUCAUGAAAUACUACAAACCCAAUUAUAAGGUCUUCCUGGCCUUCGUUGCAACAUUUUUAAAUUCCUUUUCAUAUCCAAUCUAAGGGUAUGUCUUCUCUAAAGUAUGUUUUGUAAUGCUUGGAUUCCAAUCACCUACUUUCGUUGAAGAGAGGAAUACUUGGUGCGGUAGUUUCAUGGCUAUAACAUUUAUAAUAGGUUUAUUUGAGUAUUUCAAAGGUUUUUUGCUGGCUUAACUUAGUGAAAAUCUAACUUAUUAGAUAAGAAAAGCACUAUUUUCUUCUAUGAUAAGAUAGAAUAUAGAGUGGUUUGAUAAAAAAGAAAGAGCUCCAGGAAUCUUGAGUAGCAUGUAUCAAGAGGAUAUUUCCUAACUCAAGGGUUUAACUAGCUAAACUUUGGGUUUGAUUCUUGAAGCUAUUUUAUGCCUUUUUAUUGGAAUUGCAUUAGCCUUUAUCAGUUCCUGGAAAAUGGCUUUGGUAACAAUGUCUAUUUCUCCGUUGCUAAUACUUGGAGGUGUGGCUGAGUAAAUGGUAUACUGGAACUCAUUCAAAAAUACAGCUAAAUAAGUCUAGGAAAACGAAGAGUCAAUAAAUCCUAACGAUAGAGCAAAUGCAUUACUCUCUGAUAUAAUCAUCAAUUAUAAGACAGUAAUAAGUCUUGGUCAAAAGAAUAUAGAAUUUUUAGUAGAUAAAUAUAGGGAUUUACUUCAAGGACCUAGAAAAAUUGGCAUAAGACGAGCUCAUUUUAGUGGUGUUAUCUAUGGAUAUUCUUAAUGCAUAAGAAUGCUAUUUAUUGGCUUCAUCUUUUUCAUUGGCUCAUUUUUUAUUUUUCAGCAAAAUGAGUCCCAGGAGGAUUGCUUUGUUGCCCUCUACACAUUAUUUAUGUCAGCAUUAUAAACAGGCUCUUUAUUCACUUAAGUUCCUUCAGUUUCCAAAUCAAAAUAGCAGGAAGGAUGGCUAGAAAAUUAACUAAAACAAAGUGGCAAACUAUGA